GUUAGGGUUUUAGCAUGCCAGGGCAAUGCUGAGCUUGAAGAAAUGCAGGGAGCGUUUGCUCGUACCGUGCAAUGCGAGGCUCCUGGCGACUGGCACGGGAGGCGGCGGAGGCGAUUCCAAGGGCGGGGGCCGCAAGGGCGGGAUAGAUUUUGAUGCGCUCUUCAAAUCGGUGAGUAGGCCACAGGAGAAGAAGGAAGGGGCGGGCGAGCCGAUCGAUUUCAAGAAGCUGUUUGGGAAUACUGUGGCGGACAAGAGCCAGUUCAAGCUGGAUCUCACGCCCCCCAAGCGGGAGGGAGGGACGAUCGACAGUGAAAAGCUCAAGAUUGAUCUCAGCAAGCUGUUCGCUGAUAGUCCUGGCACUAGAACAACGCCUGGCGAUGGGGGUCUCAAGGGAUUCAAGCUCGAUUUGUCCAAGAUCAAGAGCAAGGCUCCUCAAUUGCCACCGAAAGAAGGAACUACCAGCGCCGCUCAAGAUGUUGCGUUGAAGAAGAUGGGCAUUUUGAACAAGUUUGCUGAUGUCACGGGCCCGAGUCUCAAGCCUGUUCCUCCAAAAGAUCAUCUUUUGGAGAAGUAUCUUGCUCCGGAGAAUAUGUCCGCGGCCGAGUUUCAAAAGAUCGAGCUACAGAAAGUGAGAAACGAGUUUAAGCUGCAUGAUGCCGACUGUGGUUCCUCUGGAGUCCAGAGUGAGUGUUUUCUAUUCUCCUUUUCUGGUUUCUUCACUUAUUCAUCGUGCCUUUGUUUUACUCCGAAGUGCGGCGCUGACGAAGAAAAUGAGCUUCCUUUCCAAGCAUCUUAUGACACACAAAAAGGCAAGCUUGUUUGA